UGAAUGGCUGCCGCGCGGAAAUGACGCGCUCAAACGCGUCACCCCCACACCGAAAGAAGCAGGACCCAAGACCACCACCAUCACUGCCAUUUACGAAACAUCAAAAUCACCAAGCGACAAUUUAAUCAUCGCCAAUCAGCCAAACAUCGACUCAAGACCAUAUCCCCCUCAAAUCGCAGUCCACAAAUUGCCUGGCCGAAUCAACUCACUUCUCGACCGCCAAGAAAAAUCGAGACUAGACGACAAAAAUCAUGAAUAUCGACGAUAUCCUGGCCUCGGUGUCAAAUACAGAGAGAUUACCACAAAGGACAGCAGAUUUACAAGCUUUGACGAGAGCUUGGGUGGCGGAGAGAUGUGCGCCUGAGUUAUUACCUUGGCCGGAAGAAUUGGUUGAGAGAGUGAUGGACAGGAUAAAAUUGCAGCUAGACAAAUACCCUCACCACCACCUCCCCUCUCCCAACCUCUCACCCACAGAAUCCCAAUACCUAACCCACCGCUGCAGUCUCCUCUCCCACCACUUCAAUACCUCUUUUCUGUCUUCUUUUCCAGCACAACUGCAGAAAUUAGACGAUACAGCAGGAGGUAUUUCAAUGGUUGAUGGACCUGAUACAGAGGCUGCGGUGUUUGUGAGGGUAUUGAGGGACGCGGGGCAUGUGGAGGUGCAGGGGGAGCAGGGGGUGGGUGUUGUGGAGUUGAGGAGGGGGGAUGUUUGGUGUGUUAGGUGGAGUUCUGUCAAGGGGGCUGUGUUGAGGGGGGAUGUUGAGAUGGUGUAGUUCCGAGGCAGGAGUGUAAUGCGAAACAUUCGCCGAUUCUCUACCACACUGCUAAAAUCACACCGAGAAAUGAUACGUCCACAUGGAACCAGUUCAAGAGUUCUGGUGCAAAGAGACUGUCAUUGGUAUCAUAGUG